AAGAGAGAUAGAGCUUCGGGUGGCUCCCAAAAUUUGUGUCUUAAAAUACAUUUUAUCUUCACACUUUCACAUUCUCCACACGAUCCUUAUUCUUAAUUCUUCUCACUUCCCACCCUUUUUUUUGUUCAAUCACUUACAAACUAUACACACCCUCCAUUACAUGUUUCUUGAAAAAUAGUGUGUGUGUUUUUAGUAUGUCUCUUCAAUCUUUAGCUCAUGUUAAUGGCUACUAUUUAAAACCCACUUCAGUUUUUGCAUCAAAAAGAGACCUUUUGUUUCUUGAUUUUGUUGGUUUUGGGUCUAAAAGAAAGUUACUAAAUAAUAAUAAUACUAUUAGUAGUACUAAUAGUAGUGUUAUUAAAAGUCUUGUUCAAAAGAAAAGAAUUUGUUGGUCCAUUAAAUCAGUUCUUGAUUUUCAUCAUGUUGGUCCUCAAGAUUCUAAAAGAAAGGUUGCAAAUUUGGAAGACAUAUUAGCAGAAAAAGGGGAAUGUGGAGUUGGGUUUAUAGCUAAUUUGGACAACAAGGGUUCUCAUCAGAUAGUUGAAGAUGCACUUACAGCUCUUGGUUGUAUGGAACACAGGGGUGGGUGUGGGGCAGAUAAUGAUUCGGGUGAUGGUUCGGGGGUGAUGACUGCAAUUCCAUGGGAACUUUUUAAUGAUUGGGCCGAUAAACAAGGGAUUGCUCAGUUUGAUCAAUUGCAUACAGGGGUUGGUAUGGUUUUCCUUCCACAGGACGCAGCCCUUAUGGAACAAGCUAAAUCUGCUAUUGUUAGUAUCUUCAAACAAGAGGGUCUUGAGGUACUUGCAUGGAGGCCCGUUCCUGUAAACACGCCUAUAGUUGGUUACUAUGCAAGAGAAACAAUGCCCAACAUACAACAAGUUUUUGUCAGAGUAGUAAAGGAAGAUGACGUUGAUGAUAUUGAAAGGGAAUUGUAUAUAUGUCGAAAACUGAUUGAAAAAGCAGGUAGCUUGGAAGCAUGGGGAAACGAACUUUAUUUCUGUUCAUUAUCAAACCGAACCAUCGUCUAUAAAGGCAUGCUUCGGUCGGAGGUUCUUGGAAAGUUUUACUUUGAUCUCCAAAAUGAUGUUUAUAAAUCUCCUUUUGCCAUUUACCACCGAAGGUACAGCACAAAUACGAGUCCCAGGUGGCCACUUGCUCAACCCAUGAGGCUGUUGGGUCACAAUGGAGAGAUCAAUACCAUACAGGGAAACUUAAACUGGAUGCAAUCUCGAGAGACGUCAAUUAAGUCACCCGUCUGGCGUGGUCGGGAGAAUGAAAUCCGGCCUUUUGGAAACGCAAAGGCUUCGGACUCUGCUAAUCUUGAUAGCGCAGCCGAGUUGUUUAUACGAAGUGGGCGUACUCCUGAGGAAGCUAUGAUGAUUCUUGUCCCCGAGGCAUACAAGAAUCAUCCAACCUUGUCAAUUAAAUAUCCUGAGGUUGUUGAUUUCUACAACUAUUACAAGGGUCAAAUGGAGGCUUGGGAUGGACCUGCUUUACUCCUAUUCAGUGAUGGGAAAACAGUUGGAGCUUGUCUUGAUCGUAAUGGGCUUCGACCCGCUAGAUAUUGGCGGACUGCAGACAAUGUAGUUUACGUUGCUUCCGAGGUGGGAGUUCUACCAAUUGACGAUUCAAAAGUCACAAUGAAAGGCCGAUUAGGUCCAGGAAUGAUGAUAACGGUUGAUCUUAUCAAUGGUCAGGUUUAUGAGAAUACAGAGGUCAAAAAGAGAGUUGCUUUAUCGAGUCCAUAUGGACAGUGGUUGUCUGAAAACAUGCGAAAAUUGGAGUCUGCAAGCUUCCUCUCAUCCCCAAUGAUGGAGAACGAAACAACAUUACGUCAUCAACAGGCUUUCGGUUACUCCAGUGAGGACGUCCAAAUGGUUAUUGAGACUAUGGCUUCAGAAGGAAAGGAACCAACAUUUUGCAUGGGAGAUGAUAUUCCAUUGGCUGUGCUAUCUCAGAAGUCACAUAUGCUCUAUGAUUAUUUCAAGCAACGGUUUGCUCAGGUCACAAACCCUGCAAUUGAUCCACUUAGAGAAGGAUUAGUGAUGUCUCUUGAAGUCAAUCUUGGUAAGCGUGGGAACAUAUUAGAAGUUGGACCUGAAAAUGCUUCUCAGGUGACUUUGUCCAGCCCUGUGCUUAACGAAAAUGAGCUUGAAUCAUUAUUCAAGGAUCCACUUUUAAAAGCCCAAACCAUACCUAUAUUUUUCGACAUAAGGAAGGGGCUUGAUGGCUCUUUGGAAAAGACACUGAAUAAGAUCUGUGAAGCGGCUGAUGAAGCUGUAAGAAAUGGAUGCCAGCUACUUGUUCUCUCUGAUAGAGCUGACGAACUAGAAGCCACUCGUCCCGCUGUUCCAAUACUUCUUGCUGUAGGCGCAGUCCACCAACAUUUGAUACAGAAUGGAUUGCGGAUGUCUGCUUCUAUUGUUGCUGACACUGCUCAAUGCUUCAGUACACAUCACUUUGCUUGUUUAAUUGGAUAUGGUGCAAGUGCUAUAUGUCCUUAUUUGGCAUUUGAGACAUGUCGACAAUGGCGAUUGAGCAAGAAAACUUUAAACCUUAUGCGAAAUGGAAAAAUGCAAAUGGUUACAAUUGAAAAGGGUCAAAAUAACUUUAAAAAGGCAGUUAAUGCAGGUCUGAUGAAAAUUUUAUCCAAAAUGGGAAUAUCAUUGUUGUCAAGCUAUUGUGGUGCACAAAUUUUUGAGAUUUACGGAUUGGGAAAAGAGGUCGUUGAUUUUGCAUUUACUGGGAGUGUCUCAAAGAUUGGUGGAUUGACUUUUGAUGAGCUUGCAAGGGAGAGUUUGUCAUUUUGGGUAAAGGCUUUUUCUGAGGAUACAGCUAAAAGACUUGAAAACUUUGGAUUUAUUCAAAUGAGACCAGGAGGGGAAUAUCAUGGGAACAACCCCGAGAUGUCAAAAUUGCUUCAUAAAGCUGUUCGUGAAAAGCGUGAGAGUGCAUAUUCAAUUUACCAACAGCAUUUGGCUAACCGACCCGUCAAUGUUCUUCGGGAUCUUUUUGAGUUUAAAAGUGACCGGGCCCCGAUUCCAGUGGGAAAGGUGGAACCUGCCACAUCUAUUGUCGAGCGUUUUUGUACUGGUGGUAUGUCACUAGGGGCUAUUUCCAGGGAAACACAUGAAGCGAUUGCUAUUGCAAUGAAUAGGAUAGGUGGGAAAUCAAAUUCUGGUGAAGGUGGUGAGGACCCCAUUCGAUGGACUCCACUUUCUGAUGUUGUUGAUGGAUAUUCUCCCACAUUGCCACAUCUUAAAGGUCUUCAAAAUGGAGAUACUGCUACAAGUGCCAUCAAACAGGUUGCAUCAGGGCGUUUUGGUGUGACUCCAACAUUUUUGGUGAAUGCUGAUCAAAUAGAAAUCAAAAUAGCUCAAGGUGCAAAACCAGGUGAAGGUGGUCAAUUGCCAGGGAAGAAAGUCAGUGCAUAUAUUGCAAGAUUGAGAAAUUCAAAACCUGGAGUCCCUCUUAUUUCACCACCUCCACAUCAUGACAUUUACUCUAUCGAAGAUCUUGCUCAAUUGAUUUUUGAUCUUCAUCAGAUCAACCCCAAGGCCAAGGUUUCUGUCAAACUUGUGGCGGAAGCCGGAAUUGGCACGGUGGCUUCUGGAGUUGCAAAGGGUAAUGCUGAUAUUAUACAGAUAUCAGGGCAUGACGGUGGAACUGGAGCCAGUCCCAUAAGUUCAAUUAAGCAUGCUGGUGGUCCCUGGGAACUUGGACUUACCGAAUCACACCAGACUCUCAUUUCAAAUGGUCUUAGAGAACGGGUGAUCCUUAGAGUUGACGGUGGUUUUAAGAGUGGAGUUGAUGUUCUUAUGGCCGCUGCAAUGGGUGCUGAUGAAUAUGGAUUUGGUUCUGUUGCCAUGAUUGCUACCGGAUGUGUCAUGGCUCGUAUUUGCCAUACAAAUAACUGUCCAGUCGGAGUUGCCAGUCAGCGAGAAGAGCUACGUGCCCGUUUUCCUGGAGUGCCCGGUGAUCUAGUGAAUUACUUUCUAUAUGUUGCCGAGGAGGUUAGAAGCACAUUGGCGCAACUGGGGUAUGAAAAACUUGAUGACAUUAUUGGACACACAGAGCUAUUGAGACCCCGAGAUAUCUCUUUAGUGAAAACUCAGCAUCUUGAUCUUGGCUAUGUUCUUUCUAAUGUGGGUUUUCCCAAAUCGAGCAGCAGUACUAUCAGGAAGCAGGAGGUUCAUAGUAAUGGGCCUGUUCUAGAUGACAUUUUGCUUGCUGAUGCGGAGAUAUCAGAUGCGAUUGCAAAUGAAAAAGUUGUAAACAAAACCUUCAAGAUAUAUAACGUGGAUCGUGCUGUUUGUGGGCGUUUAGCGGGUGCUGUUGCAAAGAAGUAUGGAGAUACUGGCUUUGCUGGGCAGUUAAACAUAACAUUUGAGGGAAGUGCUGGACAAUCAUUUGGAUGUUUCCUUACUCCUGGAAUGAACAUUCGACUUGUAGGAGAAGCCAAUGAUUAUGUUGGAAAGGGUAUGGCUGGUGGUGAAUUGGUUGUGACACCAGUUGAGAAUACCGGGUUUAUUCCCGAGGAAGCUGCCAUUGUAGGUAAUACAUGUCUAUAUGGAGCAACGGGAGGUCAACUUUUUGUUAGAGGCAAAACCGGUGAGCGUUUUGCUGUUAGAAAUUCUCUUGCUCAAGCGGUGGUGGAAGGUACCGGAGAUCAUUGUUGUGAGUACAUGACAGGAGGCUGUGUGGUCAUCCUCGGAAAGGUUGGUCGCAACGUUGCAGCUGGUAUGACUGGAGGUUUGGCAUAUAUUCUUGAUGACGAUGAUACUCUCAUUCCCAAGAUCAAUAAAGAAAUUGUGAAGAUCCAGAGAGUGGUUGCACCUGUCGGUCAGAUGCAGCUAAAGAGCCUUAUCGAAGCACACGUCGAGAAAACCGGGAGCACCAAAGGUGCGGCUAUCUUGAAUGAAUGGGACAAGUAUUUGCCUCUCUUUUGGCAACUGGUUCCGCCUAGCGAGGAAGACACACCCGAGGCUUGUGCCGAGUACGAGCAAACAACAUCCGAUCAGAUAACUGUACAAUCUGCAUAAAAUGCCAAGUUCUGCAAUUUAUUAAAGCCAUUGUUACGUACCAACAUUAGAAAAAAGGAUAUCUUCUACUCAUUGGGAUAUAGAUUUGUUUGGGUUUAACUCUAGUGAUGGUCAAAGACUUCGAUGAUAUGAGUUUCACGAUGUGAAAAGGAAAACAUUAUGGUGCAAAAGGUCAUGGAAGUCUGGUCAGGUUCGGUUUGUUUGGUUGGAAAAAAUACAUACCCUUUUGAAGGUGGAAAUGUACAGGGCCAUAGAGAUGUUGCAAGAAUUGUAAAUUUUUAGGGUACAAUAUCUGAAUAAAUGAACUUUUGUGCAAGGAUAGGAACAUUUCUACAUACUCCAUUUAUGACAUAAUUUGCAUUGUUUGCUGAA